CCUGCACUCUACCCGCCAGGCACUUUUCCCAAAUCCCAACCGAGCAAGCCUCCACACACAAUUUCAAGUGUUUCUCAUUGGUCUCGCUUCCGUCUUUUAAAAUCUUGCCUUCCACUCUUUUCAAACCCAUAGCCGCAGAGCCUUGCAGUAGUGCCCUCCAGUCUCCACCGCCGAGCACCCUGCUCAGAAGAUUCAGGGCUAAGAACAAGGGAAGGAAUAUGAGCAUUUGUUUUUGGGUAAAGCUUUUGACGUUCUCAAAUGGGUAACCGGAGUCGUGUAUGAUUGCUUCUCUGUUCGUAAAUUUUUUUAACCGGUGUUGUAUGAUUGAGAGAAUCACGCAAGGUUUAGGGCAAAACAGAGUGUCAUCUUCAACCUUGGGUCGGCCCUCCUCUGAAAACUUGGUGAUUCACUCCAUUUUUCGCUGUGAUUACUGCCUCCACAAAGGGUGUCUCUGAGAAAUCGAGAAAGGGGCCUUAGCAAAGCUGAUGGAAAUGGAGAGAGGGGAUUCUAAGUCUAGCGAAGACCCUGAUUCAGUCCCAUAUUCAAAGAAGCAAAAGGGUAUAGAAAUUGAAGGAUGUCCUAUUGAGGGCCUGUCUAUUGGAGGACAAGAGACAUGCAUAAUUUUCCCUUCACUCAAGAUUGCCUUUGACAUUGGCAGGUGCCCGCAGCGUGCCAUAUCUCAGGAGUUCCUAUUCAUCUCGCAUGGUCACAUGGAUCACAUAGGAGGACUUCCAAUGUAUGUUGCUACUCGAGGUUUGUACAGAAUGAGACCACCUACAAUUAUUGUUCCAAGAGCUAUAAAGGAAAAUGUAGAAAAGCUAUUCAAUGCGCACAGAGCAAUGGACCAAUCUGAAUUGAAGCACAAUCUAAUUGCAUUGAAUGUGGGGGAAGAAUUUCAGUUCAGGAAAGACCUCAAAGUAAGAGCAUUCAAGACUUAUCAUGUCAUACCAAGCCAGGGUUAUGUUGUUUAUUCUGUGAGGCAUAAACUUAAGCAGGAGUAUACUGGCCUUUCUGGGAAUGAGAUCAAGAGCUUGAAGUUAUCAGGUGUGGAGAUUACAUAUACUGUCACGUUUCCUGAAAUUGCUUUUACGGGAGACACCAUGUCUGAUUUCAUAGCUGACCCCGACAAUGUUGAUGCUUUGAGGGCAAGGAUACUUGUAAUGGAGAGCACCUUUGUUGACAAUGCAAUGACGGUGGAACAUGCGAGAGAUUAUGGACACACUCACUUGUCUGAGAUAGUUAACUAUGCAGAUAAGUUUGAGAACAAAGCAAUUCUUCUAAUACAUUUCUCAGCUCGCUACCAGGCCGAUGAGAUCCAAUCAGCUGUUUCUUCCUUGCCUCCACCUUUGUGUGGUCGAGUUUUUGCACUUACAGAAGGUUUUUGAUGAGAGGUUCAGAGGCUAUGGUAUGUCUGGACAUUACUCUGCCGGUGAACUUAUGAUCUACUCAUUUUCUCCCCCAAACCUCGGUAGUAAUUUGAGAUUUUUGAUAAUGUUGGUAAUUCUUUCUUAUAGCAUUUCAAUAGGGAGCAGGUUUAGUGCUAUUAUGCAAUCCACACCCCACCCCCCCCCAAAAAAAAAAAAUUUGAGAUUUUUGAUUAUGUUGGUAAUUCUUUCAUAUAGCAUUUCAAUGGGGAGCAGGUUUAGUGCUAGUAUGCAAUCCCCCCCCCCCUUUUCUUUUUGGUACUCUCUGCUAUUAUGUCAGUUGAAUAUUGGUGCAAAACCUAAGCAUAUUCUCAACAUUCUAAGCUUAUUAUCUCUUUAUUCUUCUUUA